AUGCCAACUGGUACAAGGCAAUCGGGACCAAUCAGUAGUAGCGCCAUGGUAAGCGGUAGCUCUUCUAAAGACGCUAAAGAAUCACUUGGUCCGCAAACGCCUGUACGAGAUGUAUAUCAAUUGCGUCGCGAGCUGGAACGUAUACAAGCAAAUCAACUAGAAAGAGGAAUGCUGGAAUUGCUUGAAAAAGAGGGAAAACGCCGACAAACUGACAGAUUAUCUACGCUCCCAAUAACGAGUGACGCUGUAGCUCGAUUUUCGCCGCAGAUCUCAGAUAAAGGCCCAGCCCCUCCAUCUGAGCAAGCUCCAGUAAAGUACCCAAACAUGUUUACUGCUUUGAGAGCUGCUUUACGAAAUUCUACAGAUCCCCAAGCUAUGGCAGACACGCCCAUUGGGAAUCCUUGA